CACUCCUCUAAGCUUAAACCCCAAAUCACUACUAGUCUCUCCAGAAAUCAAUCUCCACUGAAUCUUUCAACCCUCUCCAGAAUCCAAGAAACCCAAGAAAACCCAAGUCAUGAAUCCAAGAAAGCUUCUUGCUUUCACCCUCAUCUUCAUCUUCAUCCUCCGCCGCCACCACUCCGCCGCCGCCGAGAAUCUCAGCUUCGACUUCCCCUCCUUCAACUUCCGCAACCUCACCCUCCUCGGCUCCUCCCACAUCCGCAACGGCGUCGUCGGCCUCACCCGCGACCUCCCCGUCCCCACCUCCUCCGCCGGCACCGUCCUCUACAACUCCCCCGUCCCCUUCUUCGACCCCUCCACCAACACCACCGCCUCCUUCUCCACCCGCUUCACCUUCUCCAUCUCCAACCUCUCCCCCUCCCCCUCCGGCGACGGCAUGUCGUUUUUCCUCUCCCCCUCCAACUCCACCCUCGGCUCUCCCGGCGCGUUUCUCGGCCUCCAAAACUCCUCCACGUCAUCACCACCCCCCGCGUUUAUCGCCGUGGAAUUCGACACCAAGAUGGACCCACACUUCUCCGACCCGAACGACAACCACGUCGGCCUCGACAUCGCCUCCCUGGUCUCCAUCAAGACCGCCGACCCCAUUGACCAGGACGUUGACCUCAAGAGCGGCGCCGCCGUCACCGCCUGGAUCGACUACAAGAACGACCAAGAGACCCUCAACGUCUACCUCAGCUACUCCUCCCUCAAGCCGCCGACGCCGGUCCUCGCCGUCGCCAUCGAUCUUUCCGGCUACCUGAAGCAGACCAUGUACGUCGGCUUCUCGGCCUCCACCGAAGGCAGCACGGAGCUUCACCAGGUCGAGAAUUGGAGCUUCCGGACCUCCGGAUUCGUUCCGGCGAGGCCGACAUUGCACCCCCACAACGUAUCCGAUACGUAUGUCAUUGUUAGUCCGAGGCUGCCGGCGCCGGAUUCCGGAGACGGCCGCCGUAGAAUGGGGCUGGGGCUAGGGAUUGGGAUGCCGGCGGUGUUCUGCGUUGCGCUGGCGGUUUUCGGAGUCUUAAGUGUGAGGAAAUGGAGGGAAAUGAGGAGGGUGAAGAGUUUUAAGGCGGAGGUGGUGGCGGGGCCGCGGCAGUUUGGUUAUAGGGAGCUGAAGGCAGCUACAGGGGGGUUCCAUCCGAGCAGGGUGAUCGGCCAUGGCGCUUUCGGGACGGUGUACAAGGCGUUUUUCGUGCAUUCGGGGACUAUUGCGGCAGUCAAGAGGUCCAGGCAUUGUCAUGAGGGGAAGACUGAGUUUCUUGCAGAGCUGUCGAUUAUCGCUUGCUUGCGGCACAAGAACCUUGUGCAUUUGCAGGGAUGGUGUGUCGAGAAGGGCGAGCUGCUGCUCGUGUAUGAUUUCAUGCCGAAUGGGAGCCUUGAGAAGGUGUUGUAUCAGGACAGUGAGCUAUGCCAGGCUAAUUUGCUGGACUGGCCUCAUAGGAGGAAUGUGGCGAUUGGUUUGGCGUCUGUGUUGACGUAUAUGCAUCAGGAGUGUGAGCAGCAGGUGAUUCAUAGGGAUAUCAAGACUGGUAAUGUGUUGCUGGAUGGGAAUUUCAAUGCAAAGCUUGGUGAUUUCGGAUUGGCAAAGCUGAUGGAUCAUGAUAAGAGCCCUGUUUCGACUCUGACUGCUGGGACUAUGGGGUAUCUUGCGCCGGAGUAUCUUCAGUAUGGGAAGGCUACUGAGAAGACUGAUGCUUUCAGUUAUGGUGUGGUUAUACUUGAACUGGCUUGUGGAAGGAGGCCAAUUGAGAGGAUACCGGAUUGUCACAAGAUGGUGAAUUUGGUCGAUUGGGUUUGGGGGCUACAUUCUGAGGGGAGGAUUAUUGAUGCAGCUGAUCAGAGGUUGGCUGGGGAGUUUGAUGAGGAAGAAAUGAGGAAGCUGCUGCUUGUUGGUUUGAGUUGCGCUAAUCCGGAUAGCUCCAAGAGGCCUACAAUGAGGAGGGUUCUGCAGAUCUUGAGCAAUGAGGCAGAAUCUCCAGCUGUGCCGAGGGUUAAGCCAAGUCUCAGUUUCUCUUGUGGCGUGUCCCUAUCUGUUGAUGACAUUGUUUCAGACUGUGAGGAAGGCGGUUCAAUGUGUGAGAUUGUAAUCAACUGAAGCAGGUUUCAUACUGUUUUUAGGCUACAUGAGAUUGCAUAGUUUUACAUAGUUCAAUUCUUUUAUUUGUUAUGCUCCUUUUCCCUGCAAUUUGAAGAUUAGAGACUGUUAGAGUUCAAUGGCCCAAGUUCAAGCCUACUAUUGAACUUUGUGGUCUCUGCUUAGAUCCAGGAUAAGAGACGCUUGCUUGAAUAUAUCAGUUGUAAUACUUGUUCAAGUAACAUGUUUUCAUAUGGCUAUGAAAGGUUCUUGAGUGAUUUCUA